CCAAAAAUCGAUAACGAUAACAGGCCGGCAAGCCCCACCUCUAAGCAAUAAAAAAAAACAAAAUAAGGAAAUAAAAACAAGUGAUUGGAUAAUGUUUGUUUGUUGAUUUCGCGGAUUUAAGUUGGAGUUUUUAUUUUUAUAAGUUCACUUUAUCGAGUGACCACAGCAUGCCCCACUUCACCCCCCUCCCCUGCCACGCCGGCGACAAAUAGACAGUGGAGCAAAGGAGACAAAAACAAGUGCAUCGCUGUUUGGCGAGAGCAGCAUCAUCGUACAUAUUUCGUUUCGCAUCUCGCAUCAUCGAAAUUAAUCAAGUGAAUUUCACAUUCACAUUCGCGUGCUGCUGCCAAAGGGAACAACAACAAGUGAUGGCGCAGCGGAAGUAACUGUCGCCCAAAAAGGACAUCGAGCAUAAAGAAUAAGAAGAGGAGCAGGAAACACGCCCAUCGGCAGGACGAAAAGAAGACGGCUACACACACACACACACACACACACAUAUACAUACAUAUGCAAACGUCCUUGGCUCGUGGACGUCAAGUGGAGGAAGUGGAGGAGGCAGCAGGACGAAGAAGAAUAGGUGACGUCUGAAACAACAAACAACAGGAACACAAUACAACAACACAACAGCAGCAGCGACGACAGCAACAACAACAACAACAACCGACAAACGCAAUUACAGUAAAAGGUGCGCCCCAAAAGAUGGCGACAGCAGAGGCAGCAUCAGCAGAAGGAGCAGGAGCAAGUGGCCCCAGUGGAGCAGCAGGAGGAGGAGGAGGUGGCAGCAGUGACAUCGGUUUGGGCAUCGGCAUAGGCAUCGAGAUGCUGAAGGCCCUGUACGACUUCCAGGCGGUCUAUCCCAAGACCAUUAGCUUCGAUGAGGGCGAGUACUUCAUCCUGUACCAGACAUCCGCCCGCCAGCGCAAUUGGUGGCAAGUGGUCAGCAUGAAGGGCAACAUUGGCUUUGUGCCCUCCAAUUACGUAAUGAAGAUUAAGGUGGAGCACGACUUUCUCAUCAGCUUUCUGAACUCCUCAAUAGAAUCGCUGGAAAAGUGCACGGAUCAUGAGAUUAAUGGCAUCAUGUCCAAGGACGAACUGCUGGACAGGCUGCGCGAGAAGAAGCACACCAUGGAGCGACUCUAUGCGGAGAGCUCCGAGCGCGAUGGCGACUCCUCGCUGUCCUAUUCGCAGAGCUACAGUGACAAGGGCAGCCACCGGCACUCGCAUCCCCAUCCCACCCAAUCCCAGACGCAGCUCCAUUCCCAGCACCGCCAGCACAGUCCACCGCCCAGCGGCAGUGGUGGUGGCCCCCAGCGCCUGGACAUGAGCAAGAAAAGCAUGUCCAGUCCGGCGGUGGGCUCUUCAUGUGGUGCGCUCCAAAAUCAGGGCAUGAUUGAAUCGCCCAGCAUGGGCAGCAUGCAGUUCCAGGGCAGCAGCUGCACCAUCCAGACGCCGCAGCAGCAACAGCCGCUACCAGCACCGCCAGCACCAGCUCCAUCACCAUCACCAUCGCCAGCUCCAGCCACGCCCACGGCGGCCGCAUCGAGCAAAGCAGCCGCCGGCGGGGAUGUGGCGCAGGACAAUAGCAUUACGUCGGAGCCGUCGGAGACGACAACGACCACUACGACGACCAGCGAGGAUGUGGUCACCACAUACAAGGAGACCAGCCAGAUGAGCACCAGCCAGCAGAACAAGCCUGCGAAUGGCAGCACUGCCUCAGCAUCCAUUUCCGCAUCCGCCUCGGCUUCGGCUUUGCGCAGCAGCGGCGGGAAUGGCCAUGGCAAUGGCAACGGAAGUACGGCGGCCCUGCACCAGGAGCUGCAGCAGGAGGAGGCGGACAGUGCGCCGGACAAGUCGGACGAUGCCAGCGCCGUGCCGAGUGAUGAUGGUUGCCAGGCCAAUGGGGAUAGUGCGGAUAAUAGUCAGGCGCUGGACAGCAUCGAUAGCCCGUCGCAUCGGCAGCGCGGUCUCAGUCUGGGCAGGAUCGAGGAGGGUGCCACGGGCGGGGGUCAGCUGAAGGUUGAGUCCUCCGACGUCUAUCAGAUUGUGGACGCACUGCGUCGGAACACUAACCUCAGCUUCGAUCUCUCCUGCGAGGCGUUGCGCGUGGUGCUGACCAGCCUGGAGCAGCUUUACAAUGGGGCCAUCAAUCCGUACCUGGAGGCAGUGGCUGUCCAUGUCACCGGUAAGGUGGCCACGCCCAAGGAACUGCUGGGCAUCACGCACGACGCCAAGCGGCUGCAGUACCUCUUCGCCCAGCUGGCCGACUGCAAGAACGACACGGAGCAGCGCACCUGGAUGCUCUACGAGGACGAGGAGGACAUCAUUCAGUUCCUUGAGGAGCUCGUCGAGAUUCUGAUCAACGCUGAUGAGAGCAUUAGUUGCUACGAGAUGUCCUGCGAUCAGUACCAAAUGUUCAUCAACCUGGUGCAAUACUAUCAGAUGGAGACGCGCUGGUCCAUCAAGCGACUGCUGCUCAAGACCUUCACAGCCGCUUGCCAUCUGGACUACAUCAUUGUGGACAUACUGCUGACCUCGGUGCUACCGCUGGAGAUUGUGGAGGACAUGAAGACGCACUUCUCCAAUCUGGAUCGCUUCAAGCAGCUGGUCAAGAUGCUGACCAUCAUCUUCUCACUUGGGCAGCCCAUGCCAGUUAAUCAUCAGGACUAUUUGGGUGUUCACUUUGCCAGCUUUCUGCUGGAAAUUGUCGAGGGAAAUAAUCCAGAGCUCCUGGUGGAUAUGGUUAUUGCCUUGAUAUUGGCCUUUAACCAGCAGUUCAGCGAACACACCUUUAAUGUUAUCAUCGAGGGCAUGCAGAAUCUGCCCUCCGCCAAGGUGUUCACGGAGAAACUACUGCUACUGCUCAAUCGAGAAGAUGAUCCAACCCGCUUGCUAAAGCAUCCUAACGAGCACAUGAACACGGUGCUGCGAAUGUUUAUCGACAUAUUCAGCCAUUCGGACACGGCCGGUAUGUUCUACACGAACGACAUCAAGGUGCUCAUCGAUAUAGUGGUUCGCCAGCUCUCCGAUUUGGAUGCCGGCAGUUCGACGCGACCCUGCUACUUGGAGCUGUGCCGACGCAUCCUGCGCAACACGAAUUACCAGGAGCACCAGCACCGCAAGCACGAUCUCAUGAAGAUCUUCACGCGCAUCUUCUGCGAGGAGACCGAGUGCAGUGCCUCCGAUCAGCAGCUGGUGCGGGAAAUAGCCAACGAGUUCCCACAGCUGUUCAAGGCCUAAAACUCCAUAUAGCCCCAAAAAUACGGAAAAAAAACAAAAAACAAAACCCAAACCAAAAUACGGAGGGAAACCAAAAUUGUAAAGCGUUGCUAGUGAGGCGAGCCGUUUAAAGCGAGCCAACCGUAAAUUCUUAAAUUAUUUUAAAUUUGAUCAGUGAAUUGUUACGCAUUUGUUUAGCGUCUCGGUCUCCAGAUAGCCCUCAGAACUCAGAAGAACGAUCAUUUCGAUCCACUAUACCGGAUCGAAAGGGAACACACACCCCACACACCCGGCGACUCUACAUAUAUCUUAUGAACAUAGUCUGUAAGCAGGACAAAUGUACUAGUUGCAUGUGGAGUAGAUGCAACCUCAUAGAGCUGAUACCCAAUAGCGAUAUCUGCGUAUCCGUAAACAUCUAGGCGAAAGAAAUGGAAUAGUUUAACACUAAAUUAUCCCCAGUUUAGGAUGAUUUCACUAAUUUAGAAUUUAGCCAGGGACAAUUUUAGCCAGAAACAGAGUCAGAGAUCAGCCUCACUUUUAAAUUUUUGUAGUUAUAAUUGCCAAUUUAUUUGGUCUUCAAAAUUUUGACAAGAAAAAAAAACAAAAAGAACGAUAUCGUUCGAAGAAUAAAAUAUUUAUAGCCUAAUUAUACACCUAUAAUGAAAAUAUACAUUCAUGACAGAUGCGGAAUGAAACGUUAAUUGUAAUCUACAAGUAAACAAUUGAUAUAUUAACGAUGUAUGACUAAAUAUUUGCAGCUAGCGAAAUCCAAAUCGAUUCGAAUGUAACGAGCAUAUAAUGUUAAAUUUGUUUAUAUAAUCUAUGAGGAGGAGAACUAAGCCGAACAGGAAAUCAUUGACAAUUGUUAAAGCUCAAAUACAUAUUAAUUGGAGGCUAGGAGGCUGGAAAUUGAAAGGAAACGCUCUGCAGAAAGCAUUGAUAGUAAGGACACCCAUUUGCAUUUCUCCCUCGCUAAAAAAACACACUCACACAGUGGCGUAGGCAUUUAGGGGGUUCAGGAAAAUUCUGUAUUUAUUUAUUAUAUUUUACAAAUAUCAUUUUCUUAAAAAUGAAGGUUAACCUCCCGCAUACGCCACUUUUUCUCUAUAGCUCUCUCACUAUUUCUCAAGCUAAUAACAAAACAAAUUUCCCAGCGGAACCUUUGAAAGGAUCCAUUAUUUUAGUUAUAUUUAUUUAGUAGUUUGAAAAGAUCUUACUCUUUACCUUAUUUUUAAGCAAUUAUUUUGCAUUUGUACGUUAUUUAGUGAUUAGAUUUGAAAGGACCUAGGAACCCCUAACCUUUGUAUUUAUUAAAUGGUGAUCCGCUGGGAAUGAUUAUAUCUAUCUCUAUAUAGACACAUACACUCAUCUUACGAACAUAAAUAGUUUUAGACAGAUUUCAUUGGCCUUUAUUUGUUAUUGUUACGUCACAGUUAUCCAACUAAAAAAACAACGAAAUUAAAAUAAAAAGUAAACAUUUUAACCCAGAGUAGCAAUGAGAUAAUGAAAAUAAGGGCGGAAACCACAUUUGAUCAUUAUUUUUGAUUGGCUUUUGUCACCAAGCUAUCAUUCCAACUUAAUAAAAGCCACUAAAACACAGAAGCAAUAAACUUUUUAAGUUAUCAAGCACGCCAGUUAACAAAAAGUGGCUUUGGAAACACUGCCUGUAGCAUAGGAAGGAAUUUGAAUAUCGCUUAAACCCGGAUUAUAAUAAUAGUUAAUGUAAUUGUAAAAUUGUCGAUUUUGUAAUAAUAUCUCAUGUGAUUUUCCCCUUGGACAAUUGCGAUCUAUUUCCAUGUUUACGUUUGAGAGGUCCUCAUUGUUUAAUUGUUUAAGCAACCAAUUUGAAUCAAAACGCAUCAACGAGCAUGAUAUUAAAACAAACAUCAAUAUCAAUUCAAAAAUUUACCUUUGGAUCCUAUUUUGAAUCUGAGAAUUUGAAAAGCUGCUGAUGCAUGGACGAAUUUAAUUUGCCAAGUCUCAUAACAAAAAGGGAUAUUUACAAACAGUUAUAAACUAAACUAAAUCAGAAACUAAAACCAAUAUUAACCACAAAUUGUACCUUUCGAUUUUGAAUUUAAAUAACACUCUCAGUAUUUGCAAUAAAAAUAAAAACAAAAACAAUGAGGCAAAAAAGUACACGAAGCUGCAAUAAAAACAAUUAAUGUUUAAAAGUACUACGUUAACAAAAACAAACACGUUUUACGUCAAGCAAAUAGAGCUAAUUUAAAAGAUUGUUAACCUCUCAUUUUUAACACAAAACAGAGAUCCUAAAAACAGAAAACCAAACAAAUUACAAGUUUUAAUAAGCGCAUUCAAAAUGUAACGAAACGAAAUUGCAAUUGUAAGAAACGAAAAUAAUAAAUAAAACAAUUCAAGUA